AUGGAUGAGGGAUUAAUCGCAACAAUCAAUAAGUUACAAGAUGCUUUAGCUCCAUUAGGGGGAGGUUCAUCUUCUCCAGUUGAUUUACCACAAAUUACCGUAGUUGGAUCUCAAUCAAGUGGGAAAUCGUCAGUUUUAGAAAAUAUUGUCGGUAGAGAUUUCUUACCUAGAGGUACUGGUAUUGUCACUAGAAGACCAUUAGUUUUACAAUUGAUUAAUAGAAGGGCCACUCCUAAGAAUCAAAGAGGUGGUGAUGAAUUGAUUGAAAUUAAUUCAACUAAAGAAAAUGGUGAAGCAACUGAAAAUAAUGCUGAUGAAUGGGGUGAAUUUUUACAUUUACCAAAUAAGAAAUUUUAUAAUUUUGAAGAGAUUAGAAAUGAAAUUGUAAGAGAAACUGAUGCUAAGACUGGUAAGAAUUUAGGUAUUUCUCCUGUUCCAAUUAAUUUAAGAAUUUAUUCACCUCAUGUUUUAACUUUAACUUUAGUUGAUUUACCUGGUUUAACUAAAGUUCCAGUUGGGGAUCAACCAAAAGAUAUUGAAAGACAAAUUAAAGAUAUGAUUAUGAAAUUUAUUUCUAAACCAAAUGCAAUUAUUUUAUCCGUUAAUGCCGCCAAUACUGAUUUGGCAAAUUCUGAUGGGUUAAAAUUAGCAAGAGAAGUUGAUCCAGAAGGUGCUAGAACUAUUGGUGUUUUAACUAAAGUUGAUUUAAUGGAUGAAGGUACUGAUGUUAUUGAUAUUUUAGCCGGUAGAGUUAUUCCAUUAAGGUUUGGGUAUGUCCCAGUUAUAAAUAGAGGACAAAUGGAUAUUGAAAGUAAAAAGACAAUUAGAGAUGCUUUAAAAGAUGAAAGAUUAUUCUUUGAAAAUCAUCCAUCUUAUAGAGCUAAAGCUCAAUUCUGUGGUACUCCAUAUUUAGCUAAGAAAUUAAAUGGUAUUUUAUUGCAUCAUAUUAAAGGUACUUUGCCUGAUAUUAAGAUGAGAAUUGAACAUUCCUUAAAGAAAUAUCAACAUGAAUUAAGUUUAUUAGGGCCCGAAAUGGCUGAAUCACCAGCUUCUAUUGCUUUAAAUAUGAUUACUCAAUUUACUAAAGAUUAUACUGGAAUUUUAGAUGGAGAAUCUAGAGAAUUAAGUUCACAAGAAUUAACUGGUGGUGCCCGUAUUUCUUUUGUUUUCCAUGAAAUUUUCAAGAAUGGUAUUCAAGCUUUAGAUCCAUUUGAUCAAAUUAGAGAUGCUGAUAUUAGAACAAUUAUGCAUAAUACUUCUGGUUCUGCCCCUUCAUUAUUUGUUGGUACUCAAGCAUUUGAAGUUUUAGUUAAACAACAAAUCCAUAGAAUGGAAGAACCAUCUGUUAGAUGUAUUAAUUUAAUUUUUGAUGAAUUGGUUAGAAUCUUAUCACAAAUCAUUGGUCAACCAAUAUAUAGUCGUUAUCCAGCAUUAAAAGAAUUAUUAUCUCAACAAUUUAUUUUAUUCUUAAGAGAUGCAUUAAUUCCAACUAAUGAAUUUGUUUGUGAUAUUAUUAGAGCUGAAGAAACUUAUGUGAAUACUGCCCAUCCUGAUUUAUUAAAGGGGUCACAAGCUAUGGCAAUUGUUGAAGAAAAAUUCCAUCCAAAACCACAAGUUCAAGUUGAUCCAAAGACUGGUAAACCAUUACCACCAAGUCAACAACAACUACAACAACAGCAGCAACAGCAACAACAAGGAGCUAAAGAUGAGACAGCUAAUGGAUUCUUUGGUGGAUUCUUUUCGUCUAAAAACAAGAAGAGAUUACAAUCUAUGGAAGCUCCACCUCCAGUAUUAAGAGCUACUGGUACUAUGACUGAAAGAGAAACUAUGGAAACUGAAGUUAUUAAAUUAUUAAUUUCUUCUUAUUAUAAUAUUGUUAAGAGAACAGUUGCUGAUGUUGUUCCAAAAGCUAUUAUGUUGAAAUUAAUUGUUAGAUCAAAGGAUGAAAUUCAAAAAGAAUUAUUAGAAAAGAUGUAUAAUGCACCUGAUUUAGAUGAUUUGGUUAAAGAGAAUGAAAUGACAGUUCAAAAGAGAAAGGAAUGUUUAAGAAUGGUUGAAGUCUUGAAGAAUGCAAGUGAAAUUGUUUCUAGUGUUUAA